AUGGCUCCUGGAAUUCUUGAAUACCCGGCAGCAGAUCUGUUGGCAACACAGUCUGUGGAGUCAAUCACCAAAAAAUCAUACUUUCAGAAGUUCGAUCCUGUGAAACAUCUUGCGUAUGUGCCACCAAAAAAGAUCCAUACUUUGGAAGAUCUUUGCCUUCCCCCUUCGCCAAUUUCGCCAAUUGCUUCGACCGAUCCAUUCCCCCUGCUGUCUGAAGAGGCUCUUCUCGAGCAUCGCCGGGAGCUGCUGUCCGAUGAGGUCCUCAACAACUGCAUGUAUAGCACGAGAGAGCAGUCGGUGCAACUCCGCGGGAUGGCCCCCAGAUAUGCCCCUUUCAUUCAUCAGUUCUGGACCUCCCCAGAAGUUCUCAAGAUAGUCAGUGAGCUCGCAGGAGUCGACUUGGUACCUGUCAUGGACUUUGAAAUUUGCCACACAAACGUCCAAUUGGGGCCGGAUGGUCUGUCAGGAGUCAGAAACAUUCCCAUUAUCCCUCCCGGGGCUCCCGAGCAAGACACGAGGUCAGCGGUUCACGCAGAGCCCCGAGAGAGUCCAGUGGUCACCAAAAAAUCCAUCGUCCCUUGGCAUCGCGACUCAUAUCCUUUUGUCUGUGUUGUUAUGUUGUCCGACGCAAGGCAUAUGGAAGGGGGGGAGACCGAGAUCCAAAGAGGUGAUGGUAGGACAAUCAAAGUCCGAUCUCCACAGAUGGGCGGCGCGAUGGUCCUUCAAGGCAGACACGUGUCUCACAUAGCUAGACCGGUCGACAACAUGCCCGAGAGAAUUACCAUUGUGGCAUCUUUUCGGCCACGGUACUCUGUGCUGCUGGACGACUCUUCACUGAUGAAUGUUCGAAACAAGUCUCGACUGUCGGAGAUGUAUUACCAAUGGACCAGCUACCGCCUGCAUUUGCUCGCUGAAAGAUUCCGGCUCGAAGCCGAGAAGCUUGAUGCUGCAUAUCGCAAAGCAGUUGAGGACACCGACCAAGGCAGGCCAGGAGAUUGUAAGGUAGACGUGGUCGACGUGGAGAACCUGGAAAAAUGGAUGGAAAAGCAAAUGAGAUACAUGAGACGAACCAUGUUCGAGAUGAGACCGGUCACUGAGGAUGACAACAUCACUAAGAAUGAGAUAGAGGAAGUUUAG